CAGCUGUGGCGACGGCGGACCAAUGAAAAACGACAAAAUGACUUCGUCACGAUAAAAUGGCUGGGUGAAGGGAUGAUGCGCGAUUUUUUUCAAAAUCGGUAUAUUGCUGGCAUACCUAUUUUAUUUAUCAUAACACCGUCGCCGGGCGUCGCUGUAAUUGCCGUAAUUUGUACUGCGAUCAGAGACAAACAUCGAUGUUUUUCCCAACAUUCGCGUGACUGAUACGUUAUUUGGUGAUCAAAGUCAAUUUUGUCGUACUCUCAAGAAAGCUACUCGUUAGAUUACCAAAAACGGGCAACUGCUAUUUAUUGUAGGACCACAUUCCACAUACAUACCUAACUUAUAAUGGAUAGUGCUUCAAGACCUAUUGACAGUAUUGCAGAUAACCGCUAUUUUUGCCACAGUUGUGAUGCGGAAAUAGGGGCCGUGGCUGAUGAUUUUACAUGCCCAACUUGUCAUUUGGGUUUUAUUGAAAAAGUUGAAGAGCAACAAACUCCCGAUGAACCAGAUGAAGACAAUAUGGAUUUUUCAAGUGACCACUUUUUGGUUAACGUUAAUGGUUUAUUAGGAGAAACGGAUGUUGGAGGAAGACGGAGGUCAAAUAUUCGUCGGCGUAGAUUUACAACAAGAGGUCCUCAUGUGAUGACGUUGCAACCUGGCAGAGGCCCACGGCGUAGUUCAGGUGGUGGGACAAUUGAAAAUUUAGUAGAAGAUGUCAUUGUAAAUUUUGCUGAUUAUGCUCGAUCGAGUGGAAGUCCCGUCAGUAGAUUUUUACUCGGUAAUCCUGGUGACUACGUUUGGGGAAGAGAUGGAUUAGAUUCAAUUGUKUCACAGUUAUUAAAUCAGAUUGAUGGAGCUGGACCUCCUCCAUUAACAAAAGAGAAAAUACAAGAAAUACCUACAGCACUUAUUGGUCAAGAACAUUUAGAUAUGAAACUCCAAUGCUCUGUUUGUUGGGAAGAUUUUACUAUUGAUGAAAAAGUAAUGAAAUUAGCUUGCGACCAUAUGUUUCAUAAAGAUUGUAUUACACCCUGGUUAGAAUUGCAUGGUACCUGUCCAAUUUGUCGUAAAUAUUUAGCAGAUGAUGGGUUAAAUUCAAUUAAUACAGAUCCAUUAGGAAUCAGUUUAGGCGUUGGACCAAAUUUAGCAGCCCUUAUUAGAGCUCGUAGUAAUCCGCGUAAUAAUGCUGAUCCAGUAUGGGGAAUGAAUGAUUUUGAUAUGGCAUCUACAUCAACUGAGUGGCCUACACAACUUAAUAUUAGUUUACCACUGCCAAUUGUGUCAUCAUCAUCAGCUACACAGACUCCAGCUGCAGCAUCAGGUAUGUCUACUUAUUCAUCUGUCACAGCCAGAAACUUACGUGAUCAACGGUUGUCAUCAUCAUCUGCUGAUGUUGAACCUAUGGAAACUGAUCAUGAUCAAAAUUUACCAGCGGUGAAUAAUACAAAUAAUUCCUAGUCUUUUUCUAGUAAAUACAGGUAUGAUUUUAGUACAAUAUGAGUUUACUGUUGAAUACAUAAAGAUAAAAAAAUACAUUCAAUUAAUAAUAAUUAACCAUUCAUUUUUUUAUUUGAACCAUUUAUAAAUGCCUAUCACAUAAUUACAAUAAUUGAUGACUUUUAAUUAUUGACAAUUAGUUAUUUCAAWAGGUAUUUUAUGUAUAUAUGAAUUCAUAUGUAUGUGAAUUUAUAUAAUAUAUUUCAACUACAUUGUCUUAAAUCAUCUGAGUCUCAAUUGUAAUUAAUAACUUAUCAAAUACUUUUAGUAUAUAUUAUAUUAGCAGGCAUUAUAAUGCUUGUUUUCUACCUAACUGGUAAAUUUCCAUUUUACCUAUUGAUUGUUAAAACUGUUGUCU